AUGUCCUGCUGCCAUAAUUUAUCACUAGUCGGUCCGAAAGCAAAACUUGUACUAUAUAUAACAAAUGCCGUAGAUUUAAAUAAAAAACAAACACCGCCUUUUUUUAAUUUUACAUUUGAUAAAGGUCGUUUAAAAAACCUAGUUUCUUGGACAUUAGAAAAACAUGGACAAUAUAAAACGGUUGAAUUAUUAGAACAGCUAAAAAAAACGGGUUUUGAAUAUGCAACUAAAGCAGGUAUUUCUUUAGGUAUUGAUGAUUUAAAAAUUCCACCCAAAAAAAAUACAUUAUUGUUAGAAGCAGAACAAUUAACAAAAUUAACAGUUCAUCAAUACCAGCGAGCUGAUAUUACGGCUGUAGAGCGCUUUCAAAGACUAAUUGAUACAUGGCAUCGUACAAGUGAACAACUUAAACAAGAAGUAAUUAAUUAUUUUGAAGAAACAGAUAUUUUAAAUCCUGUUUACAUGAUGGCUUUUUCAGGAGCUCGAGGAAACAUUUCUCAAGUUAGACAAUUAGUAGGGAUGCGUGGUUUAAUGUCUGAUCCUCAAGGUCAAAUUAUAGACUUCCCAAUUAGGAGCAAUUUCCGCGAAGGAUUAACAUUAACUGAAUAUAUUAUUUCUAGUUAUGGAGCUCGUAAAGGUAUUGUAGAUACUGCUCUUCGUACAGCAAAUGCUGGUUAUUUAACGCGUCGUUUAGUAGAUGUUGCCCAACAUGUAAUUAUUUCACACUAUGAUUGUGGUACACAAAAAGGCAUUUUUUUAACAGACAUGAAAGAAGGUAAUAAAACAAUUGUUUCAGCUCAAAAUCGUAUCAUCGGUCGAGUUUUAGCUCGUGACAUUUAU